AGAGAUGGAAGAUGCCAAGGCGUUGGCUCAGCAGCAACAGCUUAUGCAGCAGCAGCAACAGCAGCAGUUUCUCCUCUUACGGCAAAUUCAACAACAACAACAACACCAACAUCAACAGCAACAGCAACAGGCCAUCUCUCGUUUCCCUUCAAGCAUUGACGCUCACCUGCGACCUCAGUUCCUUCACCGUCCCAACAACAACUCCCAACAAUCCCAACCACCCCAACACCAGCACCAACAGCAAAACCCAAACCCUAACCCUAACCCCAACCCCAACCCCAACCCCAACCCCAACCAUCCGAUCCCCAAUCAGCAAAAUCCUAACUCUAAUCCACACCUUCAACAAUUGCAACACAAGCCCAGUCCAACCACCCCUCCACCCAACCAGGCGGAACUCCACAUGGCCUACCAGGAUGCUUGGCGAGUCUGCCAUCCCGACUACCACCGUCCUUUCUCUUCCCUCGAAGACGCUUGUGAGAGGUUCGUUCCUUCGCCCGCUUACCCUUCUAUUAUUCGAUCUCAUAACUAA